GUCGGUAGGCGAUAACAACAAACUCCCGGUUAAGGCGACCGGUGCAAACUUCACGCAGUUAAGUCAGUCACUGGGGGAACCGCGCGUAGAAAGCACGCGCUCACAACUCGCCAGUUAACUUUACAAACUUUUUAACUGUAUAACAAUUUACUGAAUAAGUUCCUGUGACAAACAAAACAAUAGUGCUGAAAUUGUGUAAUAAAAUAUUGGAUUAAUACGAAUUUAAAGCGUGGAUUUGCGUUCCUAUAUGUAAUUAUCGGAGCAUCAACAUCAUGCACCCGUCGUUAUCUGCGGAGAGGAGAUCAUCGCGCGCUAGAUAAACCUCGAUUCCAAGAACAUUAUCUGAAGCCGGCUCUUCAAUAAGUGACAGUGUUUCGUGUUAUCGUGCUACAGUACAACUUAUUGUUUAUUCCACAUUUCACAUUCGAUAUUCAAAUUUAAAUUUGGAAAAAUAUUCAGCAGUUCUUGAACAUUGGAAACACAAGUGCUUGAGUAAAAAAAGAGAAUUCGAAUUUCAAAUUCGAAUUCUCAAGCCGCGUUGACACGCGCAAUUGACUGUAGCUAGUAGUGGACGGUUUAGUGAUUGAAAAUGGCCGGCACCGGUGGUGAGAUCUGGCUUCAGUGGUUCGCGUGCUGCUACCAGCCCGCCGCGCAGGCGCAGCGGACGCGCCGGAGAAUAGACCGCUCCAUGAUCGGAGCGCCCACAAACUUCCAGCACACAGGACACAUAGGGUCCACGGACGUGGACAUGCCGUCCUCGCUGCUGCACUCCAUCCAGAACCAGAUGCAGAGCAAAGGCGGCUACGAGGUGGCGUACGGAGUCAAGGCAUACUGAACGAGCAUGCCGAGGGCUAGUGCUUGGACUGAGUGACUGUCGUGUUAAUCGUGUUAUGAUCUUAUU